GAUUCAGAGAAAGUGAAGCUAACUUUAUCAACAGCAAUAUGGACACCUGAAACGAUCAACCUCUUUAAACAACAGAAUAUUUAUUGAGCCGUUCAGAGAGUCUUGUGGACACAUCUGAUACUCACAGAGAUUAAUCACAGUGAAGAGUUGUUCACAAGAGUGAAUGGACUGUGUGCUCUUUGAAAUUACCUAUAGUAUGAAGAAUAAGUAACCAAACUGACUCUUGAGGCUUGAAGAGAGAAAGAACAAUGGCAGAAUCUUCACCAACAUCAACAAAACCAAGAAAAACCAGGAGACAGAGUAUUGAGCACACACCUCCAUGGAUGUCAUCCUCUAGAGGUCCACUGACUGAGGAGCUUCAGUGCUCUAUAUGUCUGGAUGUGUUCACUGAUCCAGUCACCACUCCAUGUGGACACAACUUCUGCGAGACCUGUCUGAAUAAGUGCUGGGACAACAGCCAGACCUGCAACUGUCCAUAUUGUAAAAAAACAUUCAAGAUCAGACCUGAUCUCAAGAUUAAUACCACACUCCGAGAAGUUGUAGAUCACUAUAAAAAGAAAAGUACUGAGAAAAAACCUGAAGUUCUGAAAAAACCUGAAGUUCCGAAAAAACCUGAAGUUCUGUGUGACUUCUGUGUGGAAAGAAAGCUGAAAGCCCUGAAGUCGUGUCUGGUGUGUCAGAGCUCUUACUGUGAAACUCACCUGGAGCCUCAUUUGAGAGUGGCAGGUUUAAAGAAACACAAACUGAUCAAUCCUGUGAGGAAUCUGGGGGACUAUAUAUGUCAGAAACAUGAGAGACCUCUGGAGCUGUUCUGUAGAGAUGAUCAGACAACUGUGUGUCUGGUGUGUGAUGUAACAGACCACAAGAACCACAACACUGUUCCUAUAGAAGAGGAGAGUGAAGAGAAGAAGAAUCAACUGAUGAAGACACAGAAAGACACACAGCAGAUGAUCCAGGACAGAAUCAAGAAGAUUCAAGAUGUCAAACACUCAGCAGAAGUCAGAAAAAGAAACACAGAGAAGGAGAAAGCAGCCCGUGUCGAGCUCUUCACUGAUCUCAUCCGCUCCAUUGAGAGAUGUCAGACUGAACUGCUGGAGAUGAUGGAGGAGCAGCAGAAAGCAGCAGAGAAACAGGAGGAAGAGCUCAUUGAAGAGCUGGAGCAGGAGAUCACUGAGCUAAAGAUGAGAAACACUGAGCUGGAGCAGCUCUCACACACUGAAGAUCACCUCCACCUCCUACAGAUUUACUCAUCCCGGUGCAGCUCUAGAAACACCAGGAACUGGUCUGAGAUCAGUGUGAAGACUGAUGAGAGUCUGGAGCCUCUGAGGAGAGCUCUGACUCAACUGCAGGACACUCUACAGGAGAAACUCACACUAACUGUCUCUGCAGAGCUGAAGAGGAUGCAGCAGUAUGAAGUGGAUGUGACCCUGGAUCCUGAUACAGCUCAUCCUGAACUCAUCCUGUCUGAUGAUGGAAAACAAGUGAGACAUGAAUACACUGAGCAGAAACUCCCAAACAAACCAGAGAGAUUUGAUACAUGUGUAGGUGUCCUGGGAAAUGAGGGAUUCUCCUCAGGGAGAUUUUAUUUUGAGGUGCAGGUGAAGGGAAAGACUGACUGGGUUUUAGGAGUGGCCAGAGAAUACAUUAACAGGAAAGGAAAGAUCACACUGAGUCCCAGUAAUGGAUUCUGGACUGUGGUUCUGAGCAGUGGGAAUCAAUAUUGGGCCUGUGAUGAUCCUCCUGUCUCUCUGUGUCUGAGAGUGAAGCCGCAGCGGGUCGGUGUGUUUGUGGAUUAUGAGGAGGGUCUGGUCUCCUUUUAUAAUGUGGAGUCCCGAUCUCAUAUCUACUCUUUCACUGGUCAGUAUUUCACUGGGAAACUCUAUCCAUAUUUUAGCCCAGAACCUAAUAAUGGAGGUACAAACUCAACUCCACUGAUCAUCACACCUGUCAAUUACAAUAAAUGAAUUUACACCCUAAUAUGAUAUACACAGUGAAACUAAUGAUUUAUAAAAUUAAAAAUCUAAAAACGUUUUGAUAUUUUUUUUUCAUUUGUUAAAAUGUCAUUUCUAGCUAUAAUUGCAAACUAUAAUGUAAAAAUAUGCUUGUUUAACAAUUUUUUUUUUUUUUUACUUUUCAUAAUUAUUCAUGCCAUUUUUCCAAUUUCUACUUGACAAAGUGAAAUUGCCUGUAAUUUGUUUUAUAUCAAAAUAAACCACACUUUGAUAACCUUGAUAAACUCUAU